GUCUUUAUUCCCAAGUGACGACACGACAUAUACCCAUGCAUUAAGCUUGAGCCCAAAAGCUCAACCAAUCCUCCGCGCGGUCCCCGAUCCUUGUGGGCCCUGAAGCCCUAACUUCCCCUCCACCACCACCACCUUCACCCCAUCCCAUCUUAUCCCCUUCCACUCACCCACCUCCCGGUCAAAAAUGAACCCAACAAGCACAGACGGCAACUGCGGUGCCAACUCCGAGACAAAUGCCACAUGCCUAAAUUCAAACUACGGCAACUGCUGCUCCGCCAAGGGCUACUGCGGAUCCACGUCCGCCUACUGCGGCGACGGCUGCAACGCGCACUUCGGAACAUGCACUUCCCAACCCAACAACACCAACACCAACACCAACGCCCCUACAACGCAGCAGCAACCUGUCAGCACCGAUGGCAACUGCGGCCCUAACUCCUCCACCAAAAACGCCACCUGCCUGACCUCCCCCUACGGCGACUGCUGCUCCGCCAAGGGCUACUGCGGAUCUACGUCCGCCUACUGUGGCGACGGCUGCAACGCACUCUUCGGGACGUGCGACGACCCGACGACGCAGACGGUCAGCACGAGCGGGUCCUGCGGCGGCACGGCAAACAGCAACGUGACGUGUCUUGGGAGUGAAUUUGGGGAUUGUUGCUCGAAACUCGGGUAUUGUGGGCGGAAUGAUGCGUAUUGUGGGGUGGGGUGUCAGGUUGGGUUUGGGGUUUGUGAUCGUUCUGGGACGGGGACCGCCACACGGACCGCGACAGGGACCGCGACGGCUACGGCUACGGCCUCGCAGCGGGCUUCGACGGACGGGGCCUGCGGCGUCGGGGUUACGUGCGUUGGGAGUGAGUGGGGGGAUUGUUGCUCUGGGCAUGGGUGGUGCGGUGGGAAUGGGACCUAUUGUGGUGCUGGGUGUCAGGCUGAGUUCGGGGUUUGUGAUGGUGAUCUUUCUUCGGGCGAGGGGGGGCUGGGGAAGGGCGCGAUUGCAGGAAUCAGCGUUGGUGCGGCCGUCGCGGCUUGUAUCGUGCUGGCGUUGAUUGGGUUCUGGCUGUUUAGGCGUAGGAAGAGUCGUGCUCCAGGGAUGAUUGAUGGGUCCUCGGGGCUGCAAGAGCCUAAGAUGCCCCCGGAGAUAAUGCCUGCGCAGUCGUCGGAGCAGGCGGCUAAGCUGUAUCCCUACCCCGUUGAGGCCAUGGGGCAGCCUGCUAAAUCCCUUGUUGAGAUUGGGCAGACUCAUGUCAUGGGUGAGCUGGAUGGGAGGUCCGUUCUUGAGCCGGUCGAGUUACCGGCUCAUCGUUGA